CAAUAACAAAGUAAUGCAACGUAAAACUGAAUUAAAUGCUAUGUUAGGAGAUAGUGAACGCUAUGAUACAAAAAGAUUAGAACUCGAUAACUGGCUUAAUCGAAUGGAAUCCAAGCUUCAAAAAAUGGGUAUAGUUGGAAACACUGCAGAUAUACUAGAAUCACAACAAAGAGAGCAAAAAACAUUCCAUGUUGAACUUCAUCAAUAUAAGCAUCAAAUAGAUUUAUUCAAUCAACUUACUCAGAAACUAAUAGCAGUUUAUCAAAAUGAUGACACGUCUAAAAUUAAAAAAUCAACUGAACAAAUCAAUCAAAGAUUCCAAAAUUUAAAUACAAA